GAAUGCCGAGACCGUGGUGACAGUGCCCGCCUGGAACUUUCCGGCUCCAGCCUGGGUUCCAGAAGGCUUACUUCAUCCUGAAAGCACGGAACUCUCAGCCCAGCUCUCUGUUGGCCGCGGUUCGUGCCCCCGCCCCCAGCUACUCGGGGUUCUGUGCCUUCUGCGAAGAACUCGACCCCUGCUGAGGGCCGAAAAAGCCCGGGGAAAGAGUCGCGAUUUGGCUUGUAAGGAUUUGGUGCUAUGGAGAAAUUUUUGGUUGAGUACAAGAGUGCAGUGGAGAAGAAACUGGCAGAGUACAAAUGUAACACCAACACAGCAAUUGAACUAAAAUUAGUUCGUUUUCCUGAAGAUCUUGAGAAUGACAUUAGAACUUUCUUUCCUGAAUAUACCCAUCAACUCUUUGGGGAUGAUGAAACCGCUUUUGGUUACAAGGGUCUGAAGAUCCUGUUAUAUUAUAUUGCUGGUAGCCUGUCAACAAUGUUCCGUGUUGAAUAUGCAUCUAAAGUUGAUGAGAAUUUUGACUGUGUAGAGGCAGAUGACGUUGAGGGCAAAAUUAGACAAAUCAUCCCACCUGGAUUUUGUACAAACACGAAUGAUUUUCUCUCUUUGCUGGAAAAAGAAGUUGAUUUCAAGCCAUUUGGAACCUUACUCCAUACAUAUUCUGUUCUCAGUCCAACAGGAGGGGAAAACUUUACCUUUCAGAUAUACAAGGCUGACAUGACAUGUAGCGGCUUUCGAGAAUAUCAUGAAAGGCUUCAGACCUUUUUGAUGUGGUUUAUUGAAACUGCUAGCUUUAUUGACGUGGAUGAUGAAAGAUGGCACUACUUUCUAGUAUUUGAGAAGUAUAAUAAGGAUGGAGCUACGCUCUUUGCGACCGUAGGCUACAUGACAGUCUAUAAUUACUAUGUGUACCCAGACAAAACCCGGCCACGUGUAAGUCAGAUGCUGAUACUGACUCCAUUUCAAGGUCAAGGCCAUGGUGCUCAACUUCUUGAAACAGUUCAUAGAUACUACAUUGCAUCUCCUUCUGUUCUUGAUAUUACAGCGGAAGAUCCAUCCAAAAGCUAUGUGAAAUUAAGAGACUUUGUGCUUGUGAAGCUUUGUCAAGAUUUGCCCUGUUUUUCCCGUGAAAAGUUGAUGCAAGGAUUCAGUGAAGACAUGGCAAUAGAGGCACAACAGAAGUUCAAAAUAAAUAAGCAACAUGCUAGGCGGGUUUAUGAAAUUCUUCGACUACUGGUAACUGACAUGAGUGAUGCUGAACAAUACAGAAGCUAUAGACUGGACAUUAAAAGAAGACUAAUUAGUCCGUAUAAGAAAAAGCAGAGAGAUCUUGCUAAAAUGAGAAAAUGUCUCAGACCAGAAGAACUGACAAACCAGAUGAACCAAAUAGAAAUAAGCAUGCAACACGAACAGCUGGAAGAAAGCUUUCAGGAACUUGUGGAAGAUUACCGACGUGUUAUUGAACGCCUCGCUCAAGAGUAAAGAUGAUUUGGCUCUGUACAGGAAGUUUGCAAAUUUCUGUACAUUGUGUUGUGGAAAAUCUGAUGAUGACUUUAAUUUUAAAAUCUUGUAACAUUUACUUACAUUAAAAGUUAUCUAUCUUAUCUUUAGUUGAAUAUUUUCUUUUGGAGAGAUUGUAUAUUUUAAAAUACUGUUUAGAGUCUAUGAGCAUAUAUUACAUUUAAAAAAAAUAUAUAGCUUCUGAAAUACCACUGCAACUGCUUCCCUUCUUAACAGUAUAAUAAAUGCUUAGUUGUGAUAUGCUAAUGUGUGAUGAUAUGAUUCUUAAGUACUUACAAUAAACUUUUUGGUCUUGUUAAAAAAAACUUUAGGUUUUCACAUCGCAUAAUACCCUCUAGGUCCAUUCACGUUGUCACAAAUGGCUUUUAGGCUUUUAUUAUCAUUCCUCCUAUUUUUUGCUUCUAAGAUUUUACAUCUGGCACCUUUAAAACACACUUCUUUAAGGUCUUCCCUAGUAAACUUUUUUUCCUAUGUAAUUUCUCCAAAUAGGAAAUAUUCCUAGUAUAGAUUUGUUUUUAAAUAAACUCCUCUACUAACUGUUUGUUGGGGGUAGGAUGGGUGGGUAAGAGAGAAAGGAAACUAGAUAUAGCCUAAAGCCAAAAUGUUUGACAUCACAUAUUAACUGAAGAUAAUUUAAAAGUUAACAUAAAUGUAUAAAUAAAAUUUUGGGGAAAAAAGCAUAAAUGUUUUAUAAAUAAUGUAAAAUAAUAAGUCAGUUUAUAAAAAUCAAUUUAUACGCCAUUAUUGAAAUAUAUCUUGUGUAAAAUGAGGUGUAUAUGUGUUGUGAUUUGUUACAAGGUUCUGAAGAUGUUGAGGUCCAACAGGAAAAAACCCAAAAGCAAUGAUAAAUUGCUUACUGUAGUCUUAUUUUUAUUAGAGUAUAAAUAAAUUGCUUGAUAUGGAAUCAUUAAAAGCCUCAUGUUUAUAAUGUGUGCCAGUAAGUGAGGUAUUGUAUAACAUAAAAAAUGGGAUGUAAGUUGAACUUUUAAAAUCUGAUUUGUUCAGUGCUUAAGGCAAAAUCCCAACUUGGCUAAGCACUGUCUUGUCCUUAGAUCUGCUUUCCACCAGUAAAACCUGUCAAACCUAGGAGAAGCAAAGUAACUAGUACCCUCUGGACACACAGCAGCUGUGGUCAGCAGCAUACCAACAGCACUAAGCCAUCCCCUUUGAAUUAGGCUGUUGGAAAAGUUUUAGUCUCAUCUCAAAAGCUUAUAUAUGUAGAUGAAACUUGGAUUUCUGAAAGUAUAUAUGUACACAAUUUGUUCAGAUAGAAUGAACUAGUUCAGUUAAAAUCCUUUCUGAUAAUACAUGAAAGCAAUUUGCUUUCCAUCUAAAUUAGCUAAUUAAAAACUUCUCAUUCAAAAUUCACAUUCAAUACUUAGAGAUGAGCUCUAAGGGGUGGGCGGUCAGUACAAUCUAAACAAAUUAUCUUUCAACAUAUUUUUGAUGUAGAAACCAGAAAAAGCCAGUAGAAUACCACUUUCUGUACUUUUUUUUAAAGCAAUGUUCUAUGAUCCGUUUAUGGAUAAAAAUCUGCGUUAGCAUUAAUCUUUGGGACUUGAAAGGCUAUCCCUUCAUGGAUUUAGAAGGUUGAAAAUCUGAUAGAUCUGUACCUUGUAUAAUGUAAUUAAAUACAAGAAUGGGUGUGUAGACCAUGUAUGAACCCAACACAGCCACCUUCUAGGUCCUGGUGAUCACUUUCACCCUCCAAGAGUAGCCUUCACCCAUUUUAUCAUCCACAUACACAUCUGUAUUUACUUGUGGCCUUUACUUUUUUUCACUGACCUUCCCUCCCUCCAAUCACCCUUAAUUUUUUUCCUGUCCUCCAAACUGCAUUUUCUGUACAUGUAAGAAUAUUCUGAGCAUCAGUUUUUUCAUCUGUAAAAUGAGGUUGUACUAGAAUUAUCUCUGGGCUUCCUCCCUGUUCUAAGAUAACAUGUUUAUCCUUUUCAUAUCUUUUCUUCUCAUUCUAAAUGCUUUUAUACUAAAAUGUGAGUGUUGAUGUGGUAUACAUCUAAAAUAAAGCAGUUUUGUAAGUCAUUCAAAA